UCUUUUUCUUAUACAUGUAUAUUUUUGGACACUGGUUUUGUGUGCAGUGAGCGCUACAGAGCAGCUGGACUAGCAAGCGGAGGAAGUAAACAAGUAUGUGUCACGUAGGCAUGCUCCAGAGCGAACAGGGUCUGCUACCGAGGAGAAGUGGGACAGGCUACGCAGUCGUGACAUUUGGGAAGGACUGGGUAUUUCAGCUUUCACGUAACGAAGAAAUAGAUUGCAUAUGACAAGGAUGCUUUGGUCGACUUCCUAUCUGCUGUUAAAGCCUGGCUGCAGCAGCUGGUUAGCUAGCCUGUAAGCUAACGUAACUGGUGGACUGACUGUUUAUGAGAGGAUGUAAACACGACGUUGUUGUCGAAAAGCUCUCCAAACAUCACUUAUUACGUGUGUAUGACAAACUGCCCGACCCUCAUUGUGACUGUUGGACUUCCAGCUCGAGGGAAGACUUACAUUUCAAAGAAGCUCACUCGCUAUUUAAACUGGAUUGGUGUUCCAACCAAAGAGUUCAAUGUUGGCCAGUACCGGAGGGAGUGUCUGAAGAUCUACAAGUCCUUUGAGUUCUUCCGUCCAGAUAAUGAAGAAGGGUUAAAAAUCCGACGUCAGUGUGCGUUGGCAGCACUCAAUGAUGUCCGGCAGUACCUGAGUGUCGAAGGAGGACAGGUGGCGGUGUUUGAUGCCACAAAUACAACGAGAGAAAGAAGAGGCACUAUUGUCAAGUUCGCUGAGCAGAAUGGGUUCAAGGUAUUUUUUGUGGAGUCUGUGUGUGAGGACCCAGAUGUCAUUGCAGAAAAUAUAGUGCAAGUUAAGUUGGGCAGUCCAGACUACAUUCACUGCAACACAGAGGAGGCCAUUGAGGACUUCAUGAAGAGGAUCAAGUGUUACGAGUCCUCCUAUCAGCCUCUGGACGAGGUUCUGGACAGGGAACUGUCUUACAUAAAGAUUAUUGACGUGGGCUGCCGUUACCUGGUGAACCGCGUCCUUGACCACAUCCAAAGCCGGAUCGUCUACUACCUGAUGAACAUCCACAUCACGCCGCGCUCCAUCUACCUGUGUCGCCACGGGGAGAGCGACCUCAACAUCAAGGGACGGAUUGGAGGAGACUCUGGCUUAUCCCCCAGAGGAAGAGAGUAUGCCAAAAGUCUGAGGAAAUUUAUCCAGGACCAGAACAUCAACGAUCUAAAAGUGUGGACCAGCCAGAUGAAGAGGACCAUCCAGACAGCGGAGAGCCUGGGAGUUCCAUACGAACAGUGGAAGUCCCUCAACGAAAUCAAUGCUGGUGUGUGUGAGGAAAUGAUGUACGAAGAGAUUCAAGAGAAUUACCCUCUGGAGUUUGCACUGAGAGACCAAGACAAGUACCGCUACCGCUAUCCUAAAGGAGAGUCUUAUGAAGACCUGGUGCAGCGGCUCGAGCCAGUGAUGAUGGAGUUGGAGAGACAGGAAAAUGUUCUGGUUGUUUGUCACCAGGCCGUCAUGCGUUGUCUUCUUGCAUAUUUCCUGGACAAGACUGCAGAGGAGUUGCCUUAUCUUAAGUGCCCUUUGCACACGGUAUUGAAGUUAACCCCUGUGGCUUACGGAUGCAAAGUGGAGUCUGUCUGUUUAGGCGUGGACUCUGUGAACACACACAGAGACAGACCAGAGGUAGGUAUCCCAGGCAGCACACAGAAAUGUCUCUCAGCAGACGACGUAGAUCGUCAAUCCACUUCAGGGGUGAUUCACCUCACUGCGUUUUCCUCCAGUUCAUCUGGGACCGGGGACUCCAUUGGAUUCGGGAGAAUCGUUAAACUGUGAAAGCUGUGUGUUGACUUUCGUCAAUGAUUUCUAGAGAGACACAUUGUUUGUGUUGCAUUGUAUUUAGUGUGUAUGUCCCUCCUAGCACUCAGUGCUGAUCCGUCCCUCUCUCCUUAUUGCACAGAGAAUGUAAAUCCUUCACACAAAGGAAACCGUGUUCAGGCUCCGUCCACCAGUGAUCUCUGACCACAAUCAAGACAGCUGUGACUUACCGUUGACACUGUCCUGUCAGCAUUUACCUUUUAGGUCGGAGCAGAUUUUUUAUUUUUUUAUCUCUCAAGUAUUCUCAAGUAUCGGCCCUGAGAGCUCAACACACUGCAACUUAGAGACAACAUUUAGCAAAGUAAGAAAACACGACCAAAUAUAGAAACACGUAGAUUAUAACACAGAACACAAUGGACAUAAGGUUUUUUUUUUUUUUUAUUAUUUUUUAGUUAUAUUCACUUUUUUUGUUUCUUAUUUUAACAUUCUCUUUGAAUGUUUCCGAAUUGAAUUGGUAAACUGGUAAUCAGUGAAAGGCUGACGCUAGAUUAACAGCAGAUCUCUAAAAUAACAUCAUGCAAUCACAAUGUGCCAGGGAAUGAAGCCAACAGGGAAGUGCCUAAAACUGCAGUUCCUCACUUGACCACUUGAGGUCGGCUCCAAAAGUGAGUCAAUCUCUGCAGACCUGAAUGUUAAAAUGCCAAACUUUAGAGCAGAAAUAAACAUGUUUACUGCUUGGUACAAAAAAUGGUUUUGGUCUCUAUGGCUUAUUUGUCACGUCCAUGACGACUGUAGAUGGAGUGAAUAUUUAUAUAACUCACCCUUUUAAUUUAUAUUACGUCUUAAAGUUAGGCAUAAUUGAGGGCGUGGCCACUUUAAAUGACAGGUAGCUGUCUGCUCUGCUGCGUCACCCGGGCUGCUUCAGCGCCUCCUCUUUUUUAGAGUUGAGUUGUGUCGUCACUGCCAAGAGGCCGGAGCUACCCGCUUUGAGUGGCUCCUCAGAAACCUUAAGGGUGACGAUACUGAGACUACGUCCAUACUUUAUGCGCAGUCUACAGUUUUGACUAGUUGCAGUGUUUUUAAGUCUCAGGGCCACUGCAUUUCAUUCCAUUUCACAUCUUUGGAGGGACUCCAUAACUGUAAUCCAGAGACAGGACAAAUCAUUGUGCACGUGCGUGUGUGUGUACUUGUGCAUCUAUAUUCGUUUUUGUUCAAUUUGACUUAAACCUUUUGGAGUUAGGACAUUUUUUAGGUCAUUUGAGCUGGACCUUCAAAGGGCUGAUUGAGGAUUGCGACUUGGUUGGAAUUAGGUUUGGGUUUAGUUGAAGGUAGCGGGCUAGAGAAUGAGAAUAGGCCUUCAAGAGUGUGUGUGCGUGUGUGUGCGUGUGUGUGUGUGUGUGUGUGUGUGUGUGUGUGUGUGUGUGUGUGUGUGUGUGUGUGUGUGUGUGUGUGGAAAAGGACAAAAAUACCUUGUAGAAUUUAACAUUGGGUGAAUGUUACUCCGAUUAUAUUAUCGUAAAGUCUGUUUUUUUUAUACUUAAUGUAUGCAAGUGACAAAUACAUGUAACCUCAACAUACAUGUUUCUGCAUAUGAAUUGAAUCAAAAUGUAAUUUUCAUUCUAGUAAUAGUUUUUUUUUUAUUUUAUUUUUUUAUCUUUAUAUUAACUCUUGUUUACUGCUUAAAUGUUAAGGCUUAAUCUGCAAUGCCCAACAAACGUCCACUUGAAUCAAGAUGUUUGCUAUAAUAUGAUCACUAAUAGUGUUAACUGGUAGCUGGAGAGCACACAUGCUUAAAUCAUUUCAUCAAGUGUAACUUUUUUCAGAUUUUUUGUGUUUGUGAAGGUCAUUGUAAAUAUAAAAAUCCAAAUUGGAAAAAAAAAUUCAUUCUUUCUCUUGUUACUUUUUUUUGGUGAAUACAUUAACAAUCGGUUAUUUUGUCUCUCAGAUAAUGACUAUAAUGUGUCUAACAGUACAGUCCUCUAUAUGUCAGUUGGGGUUUGAGUAGACAUUGAAUGAUUUGUCUCAGUAAAGCAGGAAGUAAUGUAUGAAUAGUAAUCUACAGUAAAAUGCUGACUUCUGUAUUUCCUCCUAAACGGUGGUGUAGUGGUUGUUGAUGAGGUGUACUUCUAGGUAGAUGGGUGGGUUACCGAGGAGAACGUGCGUAUUCUCUCCUAUAUAUUCCAGUGGCUGUUUGGCUCAUGGGUGGGUAUACUGUAAACUGCCAGAAAAAGAGGUCUGUAUACCCUGCACUACACCACUGCUCCCAAGCGUACUUUAGAUGGUUCUGUGGCAAUGUAAAUCUACAUUUAAAAAAUAUUAUCUUAUAGCAAAAUAAUUAAUUUUAUACCCUCUGUGACAAUACCCACAAGUUCGAUUCAUAUAUCCUAGAAAUACCAGAUGAAAGCAUAUAUUCUGACUUCAUUAAGUUAAUUGUAUCAGUCAUGUUACUAUGUCAAGGGAGUAUUCAAUGAAUUCAAAUCAAUAUGUAAAUGUCAUAAGUAAUGUAGGAUUGUAACUCAGUCCUUCUCUCUCAUUGCUGUUUCAGAAUGUGAAAGUGCAGCGCACCACUGAUGACGCUCUGCAGACAGUCCCAGCUCACCUCUAAUAUUCUUCACUUCCUGUUCCAGCUGCAACCUUGUCCGACUUUCGUUCAGCCCUCUGAACUGCAUUAUGGGAGCAGUGCUCCGGUACAGGAGUACAACUGUAAAGCACUUUCACCAACUGUAAUCCAUUUUUAUAUGUCUGUUCUGUAGCUCAACUCCUGCUGAUGAAAAUGCCAAUAUUUUUGAUAAGCGUGUCUACUUCUAUUGUUGCAAUGACAUUCCUAUCAUUUUCAGCACCUUUUCCAUGAUUAUAUUUAAUAUUGUCUGUAUAUUGUGCACUGUGUAUACUGCCAUAUGUUCCCAGUGUUUCUGAAGAUUUUACUGUAACAUACCCCUGAAAAAAAAAAAAAACUUACUUUAGUUAAGAUGAUCUUUAUCAAAGUCCUUAAUCCCUGAGUUUCUUUCAGGAAACACAUGAACAUUUUCAUUUUUUUAACUGUUUUUCUCAGCUAGUUGAAUUAUAUUAAAAGCAGCCAUUGUGCUCAGUGUAUCUACCAUGAGAAAACAAAUUAAUAUAAAUCUUAAAACAUGAUUCACAUGUUCAGUAAUCAGAAAUCCUGGGAUGAGGUACUCUUAUGUUUAAAUCAAAAAAGAUGUUAGGGUGGACUUUGUGGGGUGCCGUUUUUAAGACAUACAAUGAAAUGUUAAGACAAAUCUGCAGUCAUAAGUCUGUCUGUUUGACCAAUGAUUUAAGUGAAUGCCUGCCUGGUGCUGUGCAAACUGUACACAGUUUGAUGUAAGUUGUGUGUGUAAAUCAACAUGUAUUUUAUGGUAUGCCAUUAUUUUGAGAACUCUGUAAUGUUGUACAUUUGAUAUUAUAAAAUGACUACUGGAAAUAUAAUUCCAAAUGCCUUGUUCGUCUCCAGCUGUCAAAAUCUGAAUAAACCUUCAAUGUUUGGGUUUAAGACAGAGCUGCUGUUUGUUUCAUGACAUUAAAAAAAAGAAAGAAAUCA